AUGGCACAUCAUCUCACGGAGCCUUCAGCAGAUCAACCUCUGCAGCCUCGAAAAGAAAGCUACAAGACAAAAAUGGGUUCCCCAGAGCGACCCAAAAGCCCAAAUGCGCUGCUGAAGAGAUCCUUUAGCACCCCAGAUACGGCACAAUUACAGAAGCAGGCAUCAGACGAUUCUCAACAUUCGUCUACGGGCGAGAAGAAGCGAAACAAGCUUGGAUAUCACAGAACCUCCAUUGCCUGUAGCCACUGUCGGCGAAGAAAAAUACGUUGCAUUGCAUCUCCUGAUGUUCCCAAUCGAUGCGUGAACUGUAUUCGAUUGAAAAAAGAGUGCAGCUUUUAUCCUGUUGAUCAACAGCCGGGAACAGACACACGCCCCAAAGCCCCGUCGCGCCAAACAGGCGGCCCAACUGCAUCAUCUGCUUCGUCCUCUCCAGCCGUUGGCACUGGCAGCCCAGCGGGCACUCCCUCGGCGGUGAUGGGAAGCGGCAUUAACAUGACCGGCAGCCAUGGUCCAAACACCGACUAUUUCUCAUCUGAUGCUAGCGUCUCCCCCAAUGGUAUACCCGCCAGCAACCAAUAUACCUUCUCAAACCAGCCUACGUCAGGUUGGGUACCAACAGGCUCGACAAACGUUUCGAAACCCGAAGACAUGGCACCAGUCCCAUGGCACGCGUAUCCAACGGAAUCGCCCAUGAGUGGCCAAUUUUCUCCGUACACGCAGACAUCCACUGCCUCAGUUACUUGGACAUCUGGAACGUCCGAAGCUGGGUCGCACGAUGAAAUGGCAUGGGGAGAGUUUCCAACGCCAAUGAGAUCGCUGUCAUACAGCGGCGAAAGCACCGGCAGCCAUCCGCAGGCAUCAUUCAUGCCAAUAGCCCAGCCGCAACCAUACGAGCGUCGACAGUCCAACUUUUCGGACGUGUAUCCCCCUUUUCCAACGAACAUGGCUGGUGGAAACCCAAUCGCGAGCAACCCACCACAGAUGGUAACUGGUGCACCAUUCGCAUCAGGCGUAAACCCAUGGCAGUCACAACAGCUUCUUGCGACUCAGGGUUCUGCUGCGGAUUGGCAAUAUGGCACAACGGAUGGAACUCAAGCAAUGAUAAUGGAGGAUCAAAGAGCAGCACCAGGGGUCACACAAGCUCCAUCUGGUAUAUACUACUCCACCUGA